AUGACAAAGGAAAACCGUGUGAAUCUGGACACAUUUUUGUUGGCUUUUACUCAACUUGAACAGGGAAUCGCAGAAGUUAAUAACAAAAACAAUGCUUUGGAGAUCAUGCUGGAGGAUGCCAACAGACUCCUGAAAUUCAACAUGGCUAAGGAGAAAAGUCUGAUUGAGGAGCGAGAUAGUCUUCUGGUCUCGGUGAACAGACUGCAGCAGACUCUGCAGGAGCAGAUCAACCUCAGAGUGGAGAAUGACAGACUGAAGAUUCAUAUGAUGGAACUAGAACGACAGAAUAAGAGAACAGCACAGGAUGUAGAGGCUGAGGUUCAGCGGCUGGUUGGUGAAAUGAGAGCAGAAGCAGAGAAACACCAGAGGGAGCUAGAGACUUUGAGACAGCAGUGCAGGAGUGAGGUGGAGGAUGCCCACAGGCAGGCUUUCAAUCAGAUGGAAGCUAAAGAUGCUGAGCUGAAGAAUCUGCUGGAGAGGAAAGAUCUGGAUCUGGAGGAAAUGAAGAAGAAGCUGAAGGAGCAGGAGAGAGAGAAGCAGAGCGAGCUCCUCAAGUUACAGAUGGAGUUUGGUGCCAAAUUAGCCAGAGUUCAGAGUACAGCUCAGUUGAGCCAACAGCACCAGCAGCAACAACACGGCUCCAGCCUCCUUCCCCAGAGUGUCUUCAAGAGGGUGAGAAGCCAACACAGAAAACCACUUAAAACCCCCUUUUUCACUGUGGACCUCCACAGAAAGCUGCAGUUCUUCCAGGAGGAGAAGAACAGAGAGAUUGAGGUCUUGCGUCACAGAAUCAAAGAGCUGGAAGAGAACCAGCGUGUCGGAGGCCACAACGUUAACCCUCUAAAGAGGCGAAAGAUCUAG